AUGCAAUUAACUUAAAAGGAUAAAUAAACUAUAAAGGCUAAUUAUAAAUUACAAGGCUGCCCUUAGAAUUCAAAACCAAAUACAGAUUGUAUUAUUACAGCAAAAGGGGAUAAGUAUGAAAAUAUCAGAUAAAUAGAUUUGCAGUCGGGAGUUAUGGUAAUUUUACUAAAAUUUAUCAAACAAAUAAUUGCAAAUUGCUUAGAAAAUUAAAAGGUCAUAGCAACGUGGUAUAUUCAAUAGCUUUUAAUAGUCCUUUUGAGUAUAUACAUUUUAAUUAUUUUAUAGCACUAAAAUUGUUACAGGAUCAUUUGAUAAGAGAUCUAUGAUCUGGGAUGUUGAAUCAGGUAAGUGCUAAUAAGUGUUAAAUAAACAUAAUUUGGAAGUUGUUUGCAAUAAAUUUGAUCCAACAUCUGAAUAUGUUGCCACUGCUUCCAUGGAUCAUACGACAAAAUUAUGGAAUGUUGAAACAGGAUAAUUAGUGCAUGACCUAGUAGAUCACACUUAGGAAGUGAUAUAUUUAGAUUUUAACAGCGAUGGAAAAUUAUUACUUUCAACUUCAUUCGAUUAAACUGCAAAUGUAAAUUUUAAAUAGAAAAUUCAAGCUAUAUGAUACAAUAAAUGGAAAAUUGAUAGCAAACUUUAGAAAUCAUCAUGGAGAACUAACAAAAGCAAUACUUAACAAUACUGGAACGUUAAUAGCAACUGCUUCAAUUGAUAAGUACUAAAUAUUUUUAUGGAAGGACAUGUUGUAUUUGGGAUAUUCGAACUGAAAAAUGCCUAAAAUAACUCAAGAAUCAUUCUGAUGAGAUUUUGGAUUGCGAUUUUAGUGCUGAUGGUAAUUAUUACUAAUAAUAUAUUCAGGGAAGAAAUUUGUAACAGCCUCUGCAGAUAAUACAGCAAUUGUGUAUGAUGUGAACACUUUUGAGAUUUUAGGAACUCUGAAUUAACAUAAAGAAGAAGUGCUAAAAGUUUUAUUCUUACCUGAUAAUUAAAGGGUAAUUACAUCAAGUUAAGAUUAGACUGCUUAAAUUUAGUAAAUAUAGUAUUUCAAAUAGUUCAAUUUAUGGAUCUUGUCUAUAAAGCUUACAAUAUCAAAAAGGAGAUAUAUUUGGUUUAGCUAAAAGUAAUGAUGGCAAAAUAAUUGUAACUACUAGUUAAGAGAAUUAAUCAGCAGUAUGGAGAGAAUAAAUAUGA